CAGUGACAGCCAUGAUUAUGAUGAACAUCCUGUGCUAAAAUCACAUUUCUAAUUGCUUACUAAUGUUCUAGUUGCUGAUAGGGUUGACAGUAAAUCCAACCAACUCCUGACAAGUUAAACCUGAUACUAUCAUUUAGUAUCAACGGAUGAAUGUGUGUAACAGUCAACUUUGCUGCAGAUCCACCAGACUGCAGUGGAUUUCAGUGAAGCCUGUGCCCAUAUCUAGUCCGAUGUCAGCAUUCCAUAGUUAGACAGAUUAAUGGCAGUGAACUCUGCAACCCUUUGUUCUGGGAUGUGAUCCAGCCAUGCGAAGUGUCAUCCACUAGAUCCAGUCUUUAAAUAUAUACAUACUUUCACGUAAACACAGAAUGUUUUUUUUAUCUGUCUUGGAUACAUAUUUUUUAUUUUAAAUGUUUCCAUUAUCAACAGAACAGGAUAUAGUAUUGGGUAAACCCAUAGUUCCUUUCCAGUUUGCACCCCUGUAGCGUUUUGAGAGAUCACUAAACUGCAUCCAUACUAGUCAGAGAGUUUGCCAUCUUUCAGAGUGAACAAUAUGGUGUGUCUGCAUGUGUGUGCGCCUGUUCUCCUCUGCCAAUGUCAGUGUAAACGCACUAAAACACAGAUGGGAAUCCUAAGGGCUACUGACUCGAACAUACUGUUUGUGGGGGGAAGAUUUGGGGCAGGGAUAUGAAUGUUGCCUGACAGGGUUUCACCUGUGAUAUUCCCUUAACACAGUCCUCUGGGCCUCCGCUCUACUUCAGUAUUUUCACAGUAAAUUUAGCCGGAACAUGUUGCUCGUUAGAAUACAAGGUAAAUCUUUACAUUAUGGCCUGAAGCUGUCUGACUUCUGCUGAGUUGCAUUCUGGUGCCAGAUGCUGCAAAGUCCCCACGCUUGUUAACUGCAAUAUACUGCACAUCACCAUUUCCUACAAUAGUGCCUGUUCUUCUAUUAGUUACGGUGAAAGCUACUGUAAAUGAACUGAAUAUAAUUAUGUAUUAGCUAAAAUGAAAUAUAAUAACAAUUUCUGGUAAGCAAACCAUUCAAACGGACCUUUAUGUUGCCGUGGGAAACUGCAUUAAGCCAGUAGUCCUUGUCUUGUCUUUUUAAUGAUAAUGAACACAGGUUAGCACCCAGACAGCUGUUAUAAAGCAAAGGAGGUUCUCUAUCAAGGGACUAAUCAGAUAGGUACAGUUCCCUACAGAUGGCGAGGACUACACAUGUUCACGAACGCACACACACCUGUUUGUUGUAGCUUCUGAUUUAGUGAGAUUGGGCUUUUAAAAAACAAGCGAAGAAAUGUUUCUUCUUUAUACUAUGAAGAUCACAAUUAAAGCCUUUAAUGUAGAUAAGUAAUCCCCUCAAAGUUGAUAUUUUUUUGCCUGUAAUUUAGUAAACCUGCUUAAUACAGCAGCUGGUGGCUGAUAUUUAUAUCCCAGGUGUGUAAUUUCUUCCUUUUUUCCUCUUUCUGUUUCACUGAAAAUCAAUCUAGGAUUUACAUCAUCACUGCUCUUCUGAAAUUAUACGACAGCAAAAGUCAUAUUUACAUUUUCCCCCCAAAGCUCAUUCUUAUUCUGUUCAUUUCUUUUAAGAGACGGGGAAACACAGUUAUUCAAAUUUCUUAAAGUUACUUAACACCACAUGUUGUAACAUGAUCGACUGUCUGGUCGGUAGGAAGAUUACUUUCUCGAGACAUGUAAUUACAGGGCACCUUUGGUGUGGCGGAAAAACAAAAGCAAGGGGCUCAAAAACUGGUUGGCACACUGUCAUCUUCUUGCUUACUGCAGGCAAAUUGAGAACUAUGUCAGGGGGUUACAUAAAAAGUAAACACUACAUUAAGUGGGAUACGUAAUCCAUACUUUACAGGACAAAAAUGCCCUGAGCUGCACAAAUGUGACCUUGUAAAACUGUAGGAAAGCAGGUUUCCUUGCGUGACCUUGCAGAAUACACAGUGAUUAAAUAUUACAGAUUUAACAUGAACUGCUCCUGAACUGCUCUGUACAGUAAAGUAAGCAGAUCUGGAGGAAAGCUGUCCAAGAAAAACAACCCUGAAUGCUGAUAGAGAUCUGUGAUUGUUUGACACUGUGAACUGAGUUAACCCAAAAUUCCUCUGCGACAAGGAAAUAUAGAUGGCAAUUUGUUAAUUUCCAAGCAGUGUGGUAAAAUUAACCGACCAGAUUAUCAGUGCUGACUAAAAGCUUAUUGCCUUUAUAUUUUAUUCCCUUAAAAUGUGCCACAGACUCCCAUUUCUGGAUGAAGAUGGAUGAAGCUUUCUGUCUGAUAGCCCUACAUAUGCACUGGAGAUUUGCUUGAAGAACUGGUUUCACAUACUGUCCUGUUGUGUAAAACCACACUCGUCUGUGUAUCACAGUCUACAGACUAUCAAAUGUCUUGUCAACAGACUGGAUUAAAUGGAGACAGACAUGCGAGACACUUACAUGGAGCUGUCAAAUUAGAAAGAAACUAGUUAUGCAAAGCGUGGGUUCAUUUUGGUGUUACACCUUUAACAACAGCAGUAGCUCUUCAAACAUUUACACCCUUUGAUUACAAUGAAAGCAUACUGCAGUUGACAAACCCAGCAAUUAAAAGUACUUUGGGAUUUUUUAACUCAAGUACAUGAUAAGGCAUGUUGCAUAAGAGGCAGCUGAGCUAAGUUAUAUGCAAAUUAUAAGGAGUUGUGUAAUGAGGUGUCCAAAAAACUUGUUUUGUGGUGUAAAGGUUCAUUACAUUAACAAGAUUGUUUCACAUCAUAGGAGAAUGGCCCGAUGAUAUUUUUAUUGCACUUAUUAUGGCCGAUUACAUGAGGUAAGGAGACAGGCAUGAUGAUUGUUCCCUUUAGGUGCAGUCAGAGAAAUACCUUUUGCUUUGUUUGCCUCAAAGAGGCACUCCAGUGAUUUAGAGAUGAAACCGCUGGCGCCAUUUCAGCAAACUGGCAUUUUCAUUGUAACUCUGAGGCCAUUGUAUUCAGCCAGAUUGGAGACGCAUCAUACAAGUGUCAGCCUGAGCAUGGCACUCACAGCUAUGGCUGCAUAUCCAGAGGUUUCGCCAGACCUCAAUUGUCUCUUUGUGCUCUGAGAAAACAGCUGCUGAGAGCAAACAACAGCAGAACAGUGAGCUAACACUAAGAGGGCUUUCGACUCUUGAACAGCCUCUUCAUUUGGAAGCCAGAAUGGGACAGUCUAAGACGCGUCCUGCUGAAGUUGCCCCUCUUGGGGCACGACCACCCUCUCCUAGGUCGGUGUGCGCCCUCCGGCUGGCCGAACAAUCCCAGAGAUUCUGCUGUCACUACCAGCACUUCAACUUUCCUGAGAGACCUAUGAGCUACUCACCCCCUUACUCACCGAGUCUGUUCAAGAGGCCAGAUCGGCGUGCCUCUGGUGCUAGCGUUGUGGCCAUCGACAACAAAAUCGAGCAGGCCAUGGACCUUGUCAAGAACCACCUGAUGUAUGCAGUGCGUGAGGAGGUGGAGAUCCUCAAGGAACAGAUCAAGGAGCUGGCUGAGAAGAACAACCAGCUGGAGAGAGAGAACUACCUGCUGAAGAACCUCGCCAGUCCAGAGCAGCUGGAGAAGUUCCAGUCGCGCAUCCCGACGGAUGUGCUGUUACCCCUAGACAAUCAGAACAUCCAGGGCACUCCGGAACAGCAGCAGCAGCAGCAGACCUGCAACCACAGCACUGGUUCUGCUGUAUAAGUGGCUCUGCCUUGGGGCGGGCAGAGCCACUGUCUCUUUCCAAUUAUGGACCUCCAUUUGAAUGAAAGCGUCAUUAAAUCGCUGCCGCAGAGAUCUCUUCAAAACAAUGAAGGUGAAGCAUCUGGGCUUUAAAUGAUCGAUGGGACACAAACGAACUGUUGACACUGAUAAGCACAGACCAGAACUGAAGACGCUCUGACCGGUGCCAUGUCAGGCCCGUCCUCUGAUACCGUCCAGCUUUUUGUCAUGUUCCCUCUAAUGUAGACGAAAGUGUUAAGAGUAGCGAGAAGGUUCUGACUAGACACAGUCGAGAACUUGCUGACAGAGGGCGGCUUUCCCUGCCUAGCCUAACCCUUCCAAUAGGUGAGAAGGUGUUGAUCGGGCUGGCCCUGCAGGUGCUUGACUUGGAAAAGUGUGGAGAGUUUGCUCUUCCAUUACUCACAGGAAACCCAUCUGAGACGGCCCUCCAGGUCUCAGUGAGAGGUGCCCCAUUGCGUGGAUUUGUCUCAAAAGCCUGGCAGCAGUACAUUUCAGCCACAUAACAAAGACUUUACCUGUACCGACAAUGUAUUGCUGAUGUGUUUGUGUACAUCCGAGCAUAACACCAAUAAUUAACAGAAUAAGCUGGGCAACAGAGGUAGAGGUCAGUACAGAUUAAUGUUUUUAGAGCUGGUGAACCGAUCAGUAUACUGUUAAUGAUUCAAAAAGCGUAAUUUUGUAUUGCCUGCAGUUGGGGCUUGCUGCUUAUGGGGGAAAAUUAAUCCUGCUCUGUUUUUGUUUUUGAUUUUGGAACAAAAAUCAGUCGUUUGUAAAGUAGGAACAUUGUGUUUUUUCUUCAAACGUUUCUUAUUUUGUAAUAUAUGGUGCAUAUCUGUUUUCCUAACUCUUGACGGAAUAACUACAAUGUACAUAGAGUUUAAAAGUCCUGAGAUUAACAUAGUAUAGCUUACUUGCAAGCAGACACCUGCAUUUCUCGCUGCAGAUGCACUCCUGACUGUAGCAGCGUCAUCGAGCAUCUGGCCUGUUUACCUGCUCAGAUGCCAACUCGAAAACAAUGGCAUGACAACAGUGCCUGUAAAGAAAGAGAGGAACGCAUUCUCACACUGUCCUCAGUUGCUGCUGUUGUUGUUGUUGUUUUCUAGCUACCAAAGACUCGUUAUGUUUUCCACACAACAGCAGACGCUGAGCAAACCAGGACCAUGUGCAAAACUUCACAGGGAGAAGUCUUCGUCGUAACUAGAGCUGACCUUUGUAUUUGUUUUGUAAAAGAUGACUGUAUUGUUGCUGUAAUGUAUCCUCAAAAGAGUUGUUCACUAGAUGUUUGGAUACGACUGCACAUUUGCAAUAAACCUUGUUUACAUUAUAAAAUAA